AUGGGGUCAUUUUCUACAUGUCGCUUGCCUUCUAGUAGAAUCACUACGAAUCCGUUGUAUGCUACUACUGAUGACGAUGAUGAUUCCACUUCAAGUAACAACAAUGAUGAUGAUGAUGAUGAUAAUGAUAAUGAAAACGACGAGAAUAACCAGGAUGAGGACUUGGAUGCUGCUUUUUACAGAGAAUACCAAAAGGCCAAGUUGGACAAAUUGGGAUGGGAUCUUCCUCCGGAUCAAUUAAAAGCAGCCGCAGAAUCGGCCGAAUCUGAAUUCUUGAAGGCCAUGAAAGAGUGCCAAAGUGAUUAUGAAAACGCCAAAGAGGAAAGUAUGGACGAUCGUGACGGGGAUGCAUUAUCGGCUGCAGAUUUUUUCUUGGAGCAAAUCAAAAAGGAAGAGGCGUUGGAGGAGCUUUGGAAUAAGCAACAAGCUGAGGACGUCGAUGAUGAUGAUGAAGCAAAAGACAUUGAGGAGUCUGAAAAACAAGAUGAAGACUACUUUCAAUAA